CUCGUGCCGCACCAAAAACGCGCUCCCCCUCUGGGGGGAGGAGAUGUGGAGAUGGGAGAGAGGGGCCUCCGCCAUAGCUGGCGCUCCGGCUUAAGCAACGUGCCCUAACUUAGUGGCAGUUAAGGGUUUGCAUUUCGCGAGUUUGGGUGUGGUGCGUGUGUCCGUGUCGGAGAUGUGAAGCGCGAGGCGGUCUGUCGGGGCCAGUUUUUUUCCUCUUUUUUCUUUCCCCCUCUUUUCUUCUCCUGUUCUUCCCUCUUUUGGAUCGAUCUGAGCUGCGGCGCUGCCACAUUCGCGGGCGAGAGGUGAAAGAUCGGCGCAGGACCGAUAUUUCGAUCCAUCGGCAGCAGCGGCGGCGGCGGCGCCGGAGGAAUUGGGAGGAAAAUCACACGCAUCGGCGGCCGGAUGCAUCAGUAGAAUCGGACGUUUUAUUCCAAGAUACAUGGAUUGAAACAUUUUCCCAUUGCGAGCUCACGGAUGGCUCCCAGCUGGGUCAUCGGUGAGGGCCCGUGAGCGAGAGCUCCAAGUAGCAAAAGAAGGAAAGUUUGGCCAGCGAGCAGCGUCACAGCUUUGUGGGUCGGACGAGAUUAUUCCCGAGAGGCAGCCCAACAACGGCCUCUUCCUCGUGCUCGUGUCUGAUCGCUAGUGGUGCUCGCAUUCAUUGAAAGGGCUCUUUGUAAAGGGUCAAGUUGCGGUCUACAUUCACAGCGAGCCUCUUUUUCACUUGUAAAGAUCUUCUUUUGUCUGCAUUUUGGCAGAGCCGGGGCGGUGGUGGCAUUCUUAUGGUUUGCGUACAAACGGCCAAAAUUGCUCCCCCUCUGCAUGCUCCUGCCUUGCAGCGGGGACUGCCCGCUCAACACAAGUCACUAGCUGCCGCGACUGCGCUCAACAUGAUGAGGUCUCACAUGGCUUCGUCCGACCCCAGCAACAGCGCCAACAAGGCUCACUCGGAUCAGCCCAAGAAGGGACUCGACUCUCAGCUGUGGCAUGCCUGUGCCGGUGGAAUGGUACAGCUACCUCCAGUUGGAGCGAAGGUGAUUUACUUCCCACAGGGACAUGGUGAACAGGCCGCGGCAAUUCCCGACUUUCCACGAUCUGGGGGGACAAUUCUGUGCCGGGUCAUAUCCGUGGACUUCUUGGCCGACGCCGAGACCGACGAGGUGUACGCAAAGAUGAAGCUCCAGCCGGAAGUUGCCCCGGCUCCGCUGUUUGGUACGAGGAUGGGUGACGACGAGGAGCUUGUGUCCAGCCCGACUGUUGUGGAGAAGCCGGCCUCUUUCGCGAAGACGCUCACUCAGAGCGAUGCCAACAACGGUGGGGGCUUUUCUGUUCCCCGGUACUGUGCGGAGACCAUCUUUCCACGCCUGGACUACUCCAUCGAUCCGCCAGUCCAGACUGUUCUUGCCAAGGACGUGCACGGUGAAAUCUGGAAGUUCCGCCAUAUCUACAGGGGCACUCCUCGCCGGCACUUGCUGACAACGGGUUGGAGCACUUUUGUGAAUCAGAAGAAGCUUGUUGCUGGGGAUGCUAUAGUUUUCCUCCGGAGCGCCAGCGGGGAACUCUGUGUCGGUGUUCGAAGGUCCAUGCGCGGGCCUGGGAAUGGCGACUCAGGGAUUUCAUGGCACUCUUCGCCUGGUCAGAGGUCACUUCCGCAGAAUUCGUCACGCUGGGAAAUCAAGUCGGAGAGUGGAUACUCUGAGCUCCUGUCUGGAAAUGGAUCUGGUACUAGUGGUGCCAGUUUUGCGAGGAACCGAGCAAGGGUGACGUCAAAGUCCGUUUUGGAAGCUGCUUCACUGGCUGCUGCUGGUCAGGCGUUUGAAGUUGUGUACUAUCCUCGGGCUAGCACAGCGGAGUUUUGCGUGAGGGCCAGUGUGGUGAAGGCAUCUCUGGAGCAUAGCUGGUACCCGGGCAUGAGAUUCAAGAUGGCCUUCGAGACCGAAGACUCGUCACGAAUCAGUUGGUUUAUGGGAACCAUAUCUGCUGUGCAGCCCGCUGAUCCCAUUCGCUGGCCGUCUUCUCCAUGGCGUAUACUGCAGGUGUCUUGGGAUGAGCCGGACUUGUUGCAAGGGGUGAACCGAGUGAGUCCUUGGCAAGUCGAGCUCGUUUCAACACUGCCGAUGCAGUUACCGCCAUUUUCACUACCGCGGAAGAAGAUCCGUCCCCUUGACCUUCAGUUUGGAGAAAGCCAAGGCGGCUUCAUGGGGCUGCCAAUGGCCGCACUUGCUAACAACGUCUUGGGGCAGAUGAAUCCAUGGCAAAGUCUUUCAGAGGAAGUUCCUGCAGGCAUGCAGGGAGCCAGGCAAGAGAGAUUUUACGGGCUGACAUUGUCGGAGUUUCAGCCUAAGCAGCGUGUAGCUGGGUUGUUUUUGGAUGGAGCUUACCCGCUAGAUCAUUCCAUGACUAGCCGUGGUGCCACCACCGACUUGAGGCUAAACAACUUCGCUACUACUACCACUACUCCGCACGACUAUUUCCAGUUGCAGCAGGCAAACAUCAUCAACGCCACCAACACUGGUCGUUCGGCUUAUGGAACUCCAGCAGCAGCAACUCAAAGCGAGUCCACCGCACCACCUUCGGUUGCACCGAAGUCCGGGACGAAACGAACUGCAACGUUUCUUCUCUUUGGGAAGUCGAUUGAUCCGAACUACAAUCCGGAAGAGCAGCAGCUGCAGCAGCAACAGAACUCGGGUGUGAGUGGUGGAUGCUCAUCAGAGGGGACUUCUCACCAGUACAAGGAGAGUACCUCUCAGGCUCAACCCAGCUCGAACUCGUCUUUCGAAGACGGUCAGGCUGACAACAACAUCAUCAACAAUAAUCUCGGCAACAAAAACGCCAGCAGUGGCAACGUCACCAACAACACGACGGACAUGACUCACAAGCUGUUCACCAACGUAACCAGCACAAGCUUGCGCCUGUGCCAGGGGGAGAGCCCGGACUCAGGCGUCACCAAUGAAUCGGGCAGCUCCAAGUGGAUGAAAGAGCACUCCGGCGCGGACCCGGACGAUGACGGCGUCAUCCACUGCAAGAUCUUCUUCGAGAAAGAAGAGGUCGGCCGGACACUGGACUUGUCUCUGUUUGGGAACUACGAGGAGCUCUACGACCGGCUGGCCUCCAUGUUUACCAUGGACAAGUCCAAGCUCUCCGGCCGAGUGGUCUACAGGGACCUCGAGGGAUCCACUAUCUACAUCGGUGGCGAGCCAUACGGGAACUUUGUGAAAUCCGUGAGGCGGCUGACGAUCCUGGCGGUGCCAAGCAGCAGCACCGAGUCGCGCUCCGCGCAGUCGUGGUGAAGCACGAAAAGUGGCUCGCAAGGAACCGGGACAAAGCGAAAGAGAUGAGACGACGACGCAUAUCUUAAUUUUGGUACUGUCGCUUCUAUGUUCGUGCUUUCUUUGCUUCUCUUUCUUUGUUUUCUUCAUGUUUGUUGUUCUUAUGGCACGCAAGCUCCUGACCUUUCCAGCUCUCUCUCUCUCGAGUUUGGAGAAGAAGAAACUUGGAAAGGUACUUGUGGCUGUAUAUUAGUUUUGUUUGUUACUGCUACUAAAGUUCUACGUUUUCUAUACUGUAUCUUUGUGCUUUGUAUUUAUGAGUGCUCCAAUAUCGCGUA